AAACUGCCGUCAGGUGAAAGUUAUCAUGAUGGGCACUCAGCCGCAGCCAGAGCGGCCACGACCUUCAUUUUGCCACGUAGUUGUACGUAGUAGUUUCGUGACUUGUCGUGCGUAGCCGCGGCUCAGCGAUGCAAAUUGCCUCAUUGUCAUUGUUAGCAUUGCUGGACUUGCCGUGCGUGACCGUGUCAGUGUCUACCGAAUACCGCCGCCGCCGGGACUCAGGCUGCCGCCGUGAUGGAAAAGUUGGCGCUUCGCACGUGUCCACUGAACGGGGAGAUGAUGACAAGUUCUCAGGCAUUCCUGCGCGUCGCGGGCGAGGGGAUGAAAGAGGCGUCGAAUGCUCCUGGCAGCUGGGACAGCGACCACGCGGCGAUCGGAGGAGGUUCGACAUAUGAUGUGGCAUCCCGACCUCAGCAGGAAACUCUGGGAGGGAGCUAUGAUGCAGCGGAAUCUCCUCUACUUGCCGCUCCAGUGCCGUUCGCUUCGGCUGCAGUGGGCGCCACGACACGCACCAGCGACGCGGAAAAUUGCAACUGCGUCGAGAUUAUGCAUUGCAAAAGUGAUCAUGAAUGUCCGGAGGCCAAUAAAAUCGCGUAUGAUGAAAAUAAAUUGCACGGACAUUCCACUUCUUGAUUAGAAUUCGAAAGUUGACAAGUAGUACGUAAAAAAAUACACUUACAGCGGUAAAAAAGUUUGCGUAUGAUGAAAUCUAAAAGCAAGGAAUUCUCCUACACGGAACUGAUCCAUCUUUUGCACCGGAUACACAUGAACGAGGGCAGCGACUGUGUGGAGCUAUCCGCGAUUUGGGAACAAAACGACUGUUGUGACCAUAUGAGCGACGCAAGCGAUAAAUCGGCGGCCGAACAAAAUGCUGAAGAUGCUGAGGAGGCCAAACGCAUGGCUGAUCUGUGCUCCAAGCUAGAGGCCCAGGGGCACAAAAUCACGGAGCGGAACCGAGUCGAAGCAGGCGAGGAGUCGAUCUACACCUGCGAUUUGCGGGAACUGCACGAGUGUCCGAAGAGCCGUAGUCGUGGGGGGUAUAGCAGGCGCCGCAUGCAUGCGUGCACCCUCUUCAGCCGGCGCCGGUUCUACAGUUCGGCGGCCGUCUUCGCAGGAACGAACUACCAGCUAGCUGCCACCGCGACAAGCAGCCGGCGGCGAACAGCGGCAGCUGCAGCUUUCUCCAGCUUGGCCGGGCAGUCUCUUGCCCCAACAGAUCCAAGUAGAGAACGAGAGGCGCGGUCCCGUGCCCGUUCCGCGGCGCAGGCACCAGGGCCGGCACCGGCAGCUGCGAGAAGGCGGGCGACAACUGCGGCACCGACGACACCGGCACCGGCAGCUGCGAGAAGGCGGGCGACAACUACUCCGGCACCGGCACCGACAACUCCGGCGCCGACACCUGCGAGAAUGCGAGAGACAACUCCGGCGCCGGCACCUGCGAGAAGGCGGGCGACAACUCCGGCGCCGACAACUGCGGCACCGACAACUCCGGCAUCGACAACUCCGGUGCCGGCACCGACAACUCCGGCGGCGACAACUGCGGCACCGACAACUCCGGCAGCGACAACUCCGGCGCCGGCACCGACUACAACUCCGGCGCCGGCACCUGCGACAACUCCGGCACCGGCAACUCCGGCAGCGACAACUUCGGCACCCGACAAUCGGCGUCGGAUCGAUUUUUGGCGCAGGCGAGAAUCUGACACACGAAGACGAUCAUCUUCACGGAGACGGAGACUUCUUCCCGGAGGCCGCCGCACCCGCUAGAAGAAGAAGCUGCGUCCUGCAUGAGUUUUCUCGGAAGAGCAUUCUUGACUUGCUGUUCAAUAGGGUUCGAAUAGCGAAUGUACAUGCCACAACCUCCUGGAGUUCUCACUCUUAAGUGCCUGAACAAGCUAUAAAUAUAAUCGGCUUCGGUUCGAAUCAGAUUAUCGAAAUGAAGUCAGAUUAUUACAAUCAGGCUAGUUGUGCAAUCAAGUUACUGAAUUCAGAAUAUCACUGAAAUCAGGAGUCUGGGUUUGGGUUUGGGGUCUAGGGUUAGGGGUUUCUGGUCGUCGGCCAGGGCAGCCGCCGCCGGCCGGCCUUACGCCAAUCAAUGCGCCCCCGCGGCUUGCCCGCUCGUCUGGUUGUGUUCUUUUCCCGUCGUGGUUCUCGUUGGUCCCGUCGGUCAGCCCCGUGGUCGGCUCGCUGGGCGCGUCACUGAUUCCGGCGGACCGCUGGGGCCGCUCGACGUUGGUUCGUUUAGGAACCUGAUUGCAUCUCGUAAUCUUAUUUCAGUAACCUGAUUGCAUUUCGUAAUCUGAUUUCACAAUUUGAAUUUACACAAUCUGACACGACCAGCGUCCAAUAUAAUCCCAUAUUUUUCCUUUUAUUUUUUAUUGAUUGGUGAAUUGCUUUUUCUUUUUCAUUUUUACUUUUUCCUAGGGUUCCCCUUCACUUAUUCUGCUUCAUCCGAUUCUCUGUUGGUCAGAUGUGAGUUUUCUCCCGUGUUAAAGGAUUUCACUCUCUUGAAUUUCUAUGAAGGUAGCUCUUGACGGCAGACCGCUAUGACCAGAUGGAUCUAGUAGCGGUCAGACCGCUACUAGAUCCAUCUGGUCAUGGUUUCGCUUUUGCAUUGAACUUGAGGUGGCUACGCAGAUGCACAUGAAAUUUCAGUAGUUUUGAAAAGUAGCAAAAGAUACAGAAGGAGGUAACCGAUCCGAUCGACUGCAACGUGGGAAAUUCAAUUCUGCCUUCCUGUUUAUUUUUCGUUGAAACCUUAACCUCCCAGCAGGAAGAGUUGCAUUACGGGCAAGUAGGCAAUGGCCACACUUAUCUCAUAU